GUGUUUGUGAACCUGUCGAUAGAUUUACUGUAACUGUGUCGCUGCACCACCUCGAGGCCAGCCUCGUACCCUGGACCCCAGGCACGAACCCGUAGCCGCCGGAGGAUCAACUAGCGCAUCACCUCUUCGUCCACCAGGCCGGAUUGCUGCCUCUGCUCAAACUUUGCCUCGAGAGUCGCCAGUCAGACAUCACACAUACUCCAACAGCUACAAUCGCCCUUGCGCUGCACGUAGCGGUCCGCCGUGGCCUUGCCGUGCAAGCGCGCCCUCACCGAACCGCCAAACCCACAUCGAGAAGGCCGCGCACGCACGCCCGGUUCCGCUCCAAUGCCCCUCCGUUCGAGCUCCAACAAGAGCUACAUCAACCUGCACGGCCCGCAACAGGAUGACCGCUCCUCCUCUUCCUCGUGGACGCCGUGGUAUUGGCGAUUCAUAGCGUUGGCAGCGUCGUGGAUGGUCCUGGGAGGGUAUCUGAUGCUACCGGGACUCUAUGCAAAGGAUCCAGAGCUCAAGAUCAGCCGCGCCGUCCUAUCCGCCUUUGUCGUCGCAUUGCUGACGGCCGGAUACUCAUUCACCGCAAUGCUCUGCUUCGCCUGCCGCAAUGAAGUCUUCCAAGCCGAAGCCAUAUUCCUCCCAGCCCUGCAAUCCUCCGCCCUCGGCCUCCUCACCAUCGCCUACAACUUCCUCACCUCGCGCGCCUACAUCUGGAACACGCCCGCCAUAACCGGCACCGUCGUUUCAACGGCUUCGACCCUCCUGUACGGCGCCCUCCUCCUCUGGACCCACCGUCGCAUCAUCAAGCUCAACGAAGCGGCCGCGGCGCGCACAGCGAACACCCUCUGGUCCGAACCGAGCUGGUACGACAACUACAAUGCAAACAUGUACCCCUCGAUGACGAUGGGCGCUUCCUCUGCCUCGCAAACCUCGUACUCGCCGCCGUUCAUGGAGGGUUACGCUGGUGCGGCAGCAGGGACAUACUCGACAGCCUACGUCCCCGAGGCCACCACCGCUCCUUUCCCAUCUGCUGCUCCUCACGCCCCCCUCCCUCAUCUGCAGAUCCAACACCAACCCCCGACACACUCGCACUCGCACUCACGGUCCCACUCCCGCCACCUCUCCGAAGACGAACGGAUUAACCAGCAAAUGGCCCUCCUCCUCGCCAAACAAUCCGACGCCGGACCCUCGCCCGAUGCAACGAGCGCGACGUUUCGCAUCGACCUACCGGGUCGCGGCGAUGACGACGAAGGAGAAGAGGAAGAAGAGAAGGAGUUGGUAGGCUCGCCCGUGCCUGCACGCACCUCUGCGCGGACGUCACUGCAGGCGGAAGCUUCGGCUGCGACGGGGAGGGCGAGGAGUAGGAGCGGCGGCGGUGGGAGUAGGGUAAGGCAGAGUCUCAGCGAGGAGGAGGCGUGGCGGAGGUGGGAUCGCGGCCGGACGAGGGAGGCGAGUCGGGCGAGUUCGUCGCGGAAUUCGACGGCGGCGGCGGGGCACGGGCAUUCGCGGUCGAGGGCCGUGAGUCGCGAGGAGAGGAGGAGGGAGAUUGAGUUGGGUGGGGUGUGAUUUUCACGUCACGUCGUCUCGUUUCGUUGUUUCUCGUGGGUUUCCUCUAGUACUGUGGUCCUGGUGUUUGGUGUUUCGAGGUGGUUGACAGCGGCGGCGUUUGGAGUGUUGUUGCCUUUCGUCUGGGUUCCAGGGUUGGUCGGAGUAUGUGAUUCGUCCAUCUGAGUAGUACAAGAAACAGCGGCUUCGGUGGCGCAUGGAGCUGGUGUCUGGGAAGAAGGGGGUGUUUAGU